AUGCCAGAGCGAAUCACCCCAGCGCUGGCUGCGCGGCUGGUGGCCUCGCCUUUGAAGUACAUGCUGCUCGACAUUAACGGCGUGAUUUGGUGCGGCGGGCACGUGAUCGAACGUGUGCCGGAAACCCUGCGAUAUCUGCGCAACCAGGGCAAACAAAUCCGCUUUCUGUCUAACAACGCGUCGCUGUCGCGCGAGCAGCUUCUGCAGAGCCUCGAGAAGAAGGGCAUCGAGUGCGUGACGGUGCAGGAGUGCUACAACAGCGCGUACGCUGCGGCACUGCGGCUGAAGCAGCUGCUAGGGAAAGCGGACGUGCCCGGUGAGGAGCCGCGCGUGCAUGGCAACGUGUUUGUGAUUGGUGAAGAGGGUCUGCACGACGAGCUGCAGCAGGUGCUGGCGCCGGGGUUCAUCACUUACGGCGUGGAGCUGCACGACGCGGAGCGCGCUGGGGGAUACGACACAGAGGCCCUUGGCAGCGCGUGGCGCGUGCCGUGCCUGCCGGCGCCGCAGAAAGGUCUAGUGGUGCGCAAUGGCAAGACGUGUCGCAUGGUGCAGGCCGGCACCGACAAUGCAGAGAAGAUUACGCUCUCCGACCUGAACGCCGUUGCUGUCGUCGUAGGACUGGACAAGCACUUCAACAUCCUCAAGCUGGCGUACGGGUCACUGACUCUGCAAGGGCCACCUGCGACCCUGCGCGGAGAGUCGUACACGCCGCCUUUGUUCUUAGCCACAAACGAGGACCCACAACUUCCUGUUGGGCGUGAUGGCGCCAUGAUCCCAGGCGCUGGGUCCAUUGUGAGCGCUCUGUGCACCGCUGUGGGAAGGCGACCGGACACCGUCUGUGGGAAGCCUAACGAAGACAUGGGGAAGAUCCUGUUCAAGGCAGAGGGUAUCACGAAUCCGCGAGAGGAGUGCAUCAUGAUCGGUGACCGGCUGACCACGGAUGUGGCCUUUGGCAACGCCACUGGGUGCCAGAGCAUGCUAGUGCUGAGCGGCAUCGAAGGGAUGGCGGAUGUGGAGGAAGCGGAGAAACAAGGCAAGACGGAACUGCUGCCUAACUACGUCGGUGAGUCUCUCGCCUGCUUCUUGCCGUCGUGA